GAAAUAGCUCAUGGCAUGCCGAUUGGGUAUGUAUUAAGAGGCUGGAGCUUAUCAGUGGAUGUCAUGCGGAAAGUAGCCGAUCGUUUUCACCAAGUCUGUCACGAUGAAGGACUUCAUACUCCUUGCGAAACAUUCGAUGGACAAUGGGCACAACUGAUGACAACUUCCUACGAAGGAAGUCCACUAACACUUUCACAAUUGCAGAAAAAUGUGUGGAAAAAGACCUGCGAUUUGAAAAAAACUGAACUCAUACAACAGUUAGAAAAUGUUGGAACCUUAAAAAAUAUACAGAAGAUAUUUCAAGAAAAAAAUGGAAAAAGUACAGUGUCAGUUGUGGUUAGUUUUGAGAACAAUUUACUUAGACCCUUAAAAACAUCAUCAAAAGGCUGGAAGAGCAUUCGUGAUAAAAAGAAUCAAAACUCAGCGACCGAAGACAAUGACAAUGAACUACUCUGCAGUGCAUUGAAUACUUUAGAGUCGGAAGUUGCACAAGAGGCUUCUUCUUUUCUUCAAGACUACUCAAAUGAUGCUACAGAGAUUCAAGAUACAGAUACUCAAAAGGAUGGAGUUGAAGACUUGCAAGUUGGCGACACUGGGAUAAACACAGACUGUGAGAGAAAUGUCGUUAUCAAAGGUCUUACUGAUGAAGAAAUCACAAUUGUACGUGACAUUUUGUUGCAAGGUAAACGCAAGACAAAGUGGGAAUCAAAGAACACUGCUGAAAUCAGGUUUUGUUUUCCCUCAGCAAAAACUUUGAAUGAAUUUACUGACAAAGAAUUGCGAGACAUUUUGACAUUCCUUAAUGUUAAACUAAGAAGGAAGAGUUUACACGUUUCGUUGAAUCUGCCUAAAUAUGAAAAGGUAAACAAGAUGUCAAACUUAUUUGGAGACUCCUCAAAUGUUCAAAAUCAAAGAAAAAAUAAAAGGAAAACCCCACAAACAAUCCUAUCUUUAAAAAUAAUGUGCCUCAGAGCUUUAAGAAAACCGACAUAUCCAAAGCUUGCACUUUCUAUUGCACACGCAGAAUGUCAUUGGAAUGAAAACGUUCAAUCCUGGAUAAAAGAGCGGCCGAUUGCAGAAAAUAUUAAAAUAGAAUGCUUAAAUGAGUCAUUCACGCCAUUUUAUUCCCCAGAAUUUCACCCAGUAAGAAAACAGUUGGAAAUUAAGGGGGGUUGAUGGUACACACAUUCGAACUUGUCUGAGGGGGAAAAUUUGCAGAUCUGGACUUGCAAACAUUAAGAUAGAAGCUUGGAUUAAAGUAGCUAAGGCACGGAAAACACCAUUAAAGCUGGCAUCGUUACUGGUAUUACCCAAUGGAAAAGUAAUUGAACAGCAGAAUGAAGCGUUUGCAAGGACAAUGUUUUGUGAAAAAGUUGAAGAAGAAAUGGCGAAAAACGGGGAUUAUGAAGAGGCAAAUUUUUGUCAUCUUAUAAGACAGUGGAGAGAAGCAGAAGAUAUUGCAGGUAUCCCAGCAACAGAAAGGGUGAAAAGAGUGUUAAACCUGAGGAAAUGGCUUUUGAAUGGUGUUGAUUUCGGAUGUUUUCCCCCACCUGGUAUGUAUAUUAAGGGAAUACCGAAAGUUACAUUUGAAUCCUUGUUGUGCAACCUGGAAGGACAUUUGUACAUCUAUGAGCUUGUAAAAGAACAAACCUAUUGUUGGAGGGCAUACAGUAGCCUAAUUGGAGAAAGUUUCUUUUCUGAAAUGACAGAAUUGGAUCCAUCAGGAAAAGGCGUUUUCACAGCAGCCGGUGUUGGACAACAUAUGAAAAGAAUAACCCAAAUACACUCUAUGAGGCUCAAUCCAAAUAGAACGUUCCAUAUGCAGACUACUGAAUCUCACGUUUACCCACGAACACCAGCUCUCUUGUGUGAUAGACCUUCAGGAAAAGGAAGUCAGAGAGAACCACCGAUUUACAUCGACAGCAUUACACCAUUGUAUGUACAUAGUGAAAUAAAAUAA